UCAUCGCAUCCAUCCACCACGCACCCCACCAACCCAUACCCAUACCAGAGGCUCUCUGAUUUUACUUCUCCGCGGUAGAUCGGCUGAGCGAGCGAGCGAGGCACACGGAGCUAGCUAAACAGAGCACACGGGUAGAAAAGCAAGAUGUCGGACGGCACGGCGACCUGCAUCGACAUCAUCCUCGCCAUCAUCCUGCCGCCGCUCGGGGUCUUCUUCAAGUUCGGCUGCGGGGUUGAGUUCUGGAUCUGCCUUAUCCUCACCUUCCUCGGCUACCUCCCCGGCAUCAUCUACGCCGUCUGGGCCAUCACCAAGUAGCCGGCCGGAGCAGAUGAACCACGGUCCCCUGCCAGUGCCAGGCAGCUAGCUGUGACUCCGUCGCGUGCGUUAGCAUGCAAUGCAAGCGCAGGGUGGUCUCGUGGGGGGACGUGGUGUGCGCGUGUCUUGAGAUGUGAUUCCUUCCUUCUUUGUUUAGUUGCUGCUGCUCCUGCUGGUGUAGUACUGGUGUAUCCAGUCCUUUUAAUUUCUUGAUUAGUUUGCUCGGCUGAAGAAAUCAGGACGCGUGCCUGGUGUCGCUCCUCAGCUCCAUGUACUUGUACAACCGUUCCUCCCUGCAGCUGCUGCCCCUUCUCUCUUUUUUGUUUACCUUGGGUUGAUGGGUUGUUAAAUUCGUUGUUUGUCUCUUUUUUAACCUU